AUGUUUCGACAAUCUAAUCCAAAGAAGCAGGUCGCCAAGAUGCCCUCGCCCACCCCUGAAUCCCAGGGAGGCUCGCUUUCGGCCUCUAAUCAACCACUCCUCAGAGCUGUCAUCAGCUACACAGGGUUGACGAUCAAAGAAAGGGAGGUCGUCAAUAAGAAGGUUAGGGAAAUGGGAGGGCAGGUGAAUGUCGACCUGACUGAGGAUAUCACACACCUUAUCGCGAGCAGGGUCGGAUCUGACAAGUACAGGGUGGCAUUCGGACUUCGGAUCCCAGUGCUAGAGCCAGGGUGGCUCGAUUUCCUUUAUAAUCAGUGGUGCAAGGGACAGACUUCCGACCUUAAGCAGGCCAUAGAAGACUUUGCGAUGGGACCAUUAAAGGGGUGCAGCAUAUGUGUUACAGGACUCCCAUUAGACCAACGACAGGCGAUCCAGAGGGACACCAUUCAAUAUGGAGGGAAAUACACCAGCGAUCUCCUGAAGAGCGUAACGACACACUUGAUCUGCGGUCACCCCUCCGGCGAAAAAUACACUUCUGCCUUACAAUGGGGUGUCAAGUGCGUAUCGCUACGCUGGCUUAAAGACACAAUGGCGCGCCUCGAGCUUGUUGAUGAAACCAAGUACGCCAUUGUCGCCCAAGACCAAGAAAAAUCAGCCCAAGGUCAAGAAAUGGGAGAGGUGCGAGAAGCAGCGGGCCAUAUCGACGAACGCAGCGAAGAUCGCGCACUUGUUGUGCCAGAUCAGAUGUACUUGGAGGCAUGCUACGUUUACCUCUGCCCCUCAUUUUCGGCUGCGCAGGCAACUCAAUACAAGAAAAUGAUUCGUAUGGCUGGCGGUGUCCUUGUCACAGAUACGAUCGCGCUCUUCAGCCACGAUGGCGACAUACCCUAUAUCGUCAAUCAGAACUGGCUGCUCCUUUCAGUUAGGGAAGGUAAAGCUCUCCCGGAGGCGAAUCACAUCGUGCCGUUUCCUACGCGAACAGAGGAUGGUCUGCCAAAGCCAGUGCGGUUUGAUGGAGCCAAAACCUGGACUACAGAUCCUGCUUUGAAUUCUCGGGAUAACGAUAGCAAGGCCGCCAGUAAUACCAAUACCAACAUGGCGACGUUGCGAUCAAAGUCUAGGGCACCUACGGAAUCAGACACCAUCGCACCCUCGACACCCAAGAAAGAUCCUCAACGCAGCAGCGUAGGCUUUACAGAGUUCAGGAGCAAAGGAGAGGAGAAUGGGACAAAGUCAUCACCCGAUCGUACGCCUGUCUCUUCCCCAUCCAACAGGUCGCCUCAGGAAACUCGUAAUGGGUUGCGCACGAGAACCGUAUCCGGAAUUUUGUCCGAGGCUCUAGACGUACUUUCAAUGGACAUGACAACGACACAGCUAAUGGCAACACAGGAGAAUUCGUUGGUUACGAGGGCCGACCUGAUGAACCUGGAUGAGGAGGAAGAGACGCCAUCAAACAUCUUUCUUGGACUUCACAUCACAUCGCAUGGAUGCAGCGAAAAGUGUACUCAAUGGAUUCGAGAAGAGACAGCGGCCUGCGGAGGGACGUAUUUUGAGGACUCAGAGGAUCCGCCCCCAGGAGCACAUGUGAGGACGAUUGUGCCGCUAUCAAUGUCGUUGGACAGGACCAAGGGUCUGAGAGGCAUGGUGCUAACGACCUGUUGGUUUCAGAGAUCGGUGGAAGAGGACAGGGUUGUAUCAAGGCAAGAUCACUUCCUGUACAAGCCGAUGAAAACAGUUCCCAUCCAAGGUUUCCAGGACUUGAUUAUCUCCGUGACAAACUUUGAGGAGCUGGAAUAUGAACAGAUCGGACGCGCGAUCAAGCUUCUGGGGGCCACCUUCAUGGACAAGCUGCGUGCAGGCAAGACUAACUUACUCAUUUCAGACCAUGCUAAAGGACCGAAAUAUGAGUAUAUGGCGAAGGAGCGGCAGCCUAUCGUCAGGGUGGCGUGGCUACAAGCAUGUAUCGAGCAGGGACGACGACUACCUUUCGAGGGGUUCUUGUUGCAAAGUGACAUUUAUUCUGACAGGGAAAGCGAGCGCAGUGACAGCGGCUCUAGUCGCAUGCAUUCAGGGAAUAGUAAUCUCAGCAGCGAGACCACCCGCACAGAUUCAAAUGCUGACUUUAGCCAGUUGACGCCAGCACCGCCGCCAACACCCUCUGACACACCCUUACAGGGUCUCGCAAUCUGUCUGCCUAGUCGAGUCAUUGGAGAUCAUAGGGAGAUGCAGGAUAUGAUCGCCAAAAUGGGAGCACGACUUUUCACGUCUUUCGACCUAUCCUCAACGCACCUCAUCCAUAAGGGCAGAGCGACCCCCGACACGAAGCGGGAUCUUCGUGCAGCCAAGAAAGAACACCGGUUUAUUGUCUCCCCUACCUGGCUGUAUAAGUGCUGGGAAACGGGUCUUCGAGUGGACGAACAGGAAUACCCGGAAACGUUCGACGACAAGCAUUUGACCCUCAAUACUGUCACACAUACACCCAAGGAACGGCCUGGAUUGUCUGUGCUCCCGAAGCGUAGUUCGUCACCGUCAUCUUUACGGGCGUCUUCGAGGUCUGGGUCAAGCGGCCGGAGAGGGACAUCUGGCGCAGGAUUCGGUCGGGCGGCAACCGCGGGAUUCCAACCUCAUCGACAAGGGGCAGGUCAGCCCAGUCCGACACAAACAUUCCAGGGAACUGCUGCAGGUGUGACGAGCGGUCUGUAUGGCGGCGACCAUGUGUUAUCCUCUAUUAAUAUGUCUCCAACGGACACAACCUUGGACAUGUCGAUGUCGAGUAUGAUGGAUAUGCAGUCGUUGCAGUAUAGGAACGGCGGUCUUUCUGACAGUGACGGAGUCUGGCAACCAGUCCCAGGCAUCCCUGUUGUGCGGAAUUCCGGCCGAAAGCGAAGGAGGCCCCUGGUUGGGAGUGACUCCCAGGCAAACAACACCGAUAUGAACACAUCUGCGAUUUAUGAGACGCCGCAAGAAUCGAACGAGACUCAAGAUGAAUACAGCAUUCCAGAAAACUAUUUCGACAAACCUGCAGAGCGCUAUGGAAAAGACGCCGUCAUCUGGGUGGAUACUGAGGGCAGAGAAAAGAAGAGGGCCUUGCUGGAAUCACUCGGGUACAAGACAUUCAGGCCGUCGCCUAAAGAAAACGCCGAUGCGCGGCUUGAAUCCGUUGCCCGAGACAUGGAUUCGCAGCGAUGCCCAAGAUAUUACUUCUUACUGACGGGGAUUUCGGUUGCGGACCGGACACAGUUUAAGAAGUCGAUUCAGAAUCUCGGGGGGGUUGUUCUGGAAGAUAUUAACGACGAUCAUGACGACUGGCAGCAGAAGUGCACGCACCUGAUUACGAACGGCAACAACCCACCACGCACAGCCAAACUGGUGAUUGCGAGGGCAUGCAAGGCCAUCAUUGUCAACAAGGGAUUCAUCCUUGCAUCGAGCGAGAAGGGCACGUUUGUGGACGAGACCCCGUUUAGGGUUAAUAUCUAG